CAAUAGGCUUCUCCAAAAAACUGCACUGAAAGUUUUCCGAGAAAACAAACCUGGAUGCGAAUUUAAAGAUUUUAAAACAACGUUCCAAGACAGAAACAAAAAUGUCUCACACGAUCUUACUAGUCCAGCCCGGACCCAAGCCGGAGACGAGAACGUAUUCUGAUUAUGAAUCAGUAAACGAAUGUAUGGAAGGUGUUUGUAAAAUCUACGAAGAGCAUUUAAAAAGACUGAAUCCAAACACUCCUAGCAUCACAUAUGAUAUCAGCCAAUUGUUUGACUUCAUUGAUCAGUUGACCGAUCUCUCCUGCCUAGUGUACCAGAAGAUCAGCAAUACUUAUGCUCCAUACAAUAAGGACUGGAUUAAAGAAAAAAUCUACAUUUUGUUGAGACGUCAAGCAGCUAAAGCUCCUUAAUGGGAAAUUUCAUUCAUCUUUCCGUUUAUACUUCUGUUUUUCUCUUAACCCCGAAAUUGUGACGUUCAAUAAAAUGUUUCUGACAAAGAGGCAGAACAAUCUUAAAACUGUAAA